GGAAUAUGUGUUUUUUACUGAGAAUAGCCGUAUAAUCAGGAUUUCCUGGGAAUUACGUCAUCGUAGCUUCCAUAGUUCCAAGAUGGCCGCCUCCGUGAUCCUGAAUUUUAAUGUUGGAGUUUUGGGGCAUGUUGACAGCGGAAAAACGAGCUUAGUAAAAGCCCUGAGUACUGUUGCAAGUACUGCAGCAUUUGAUAAGAACCCCCAAAGUAAGGAGAGGGGCAUAACUUUAGAUUUGGGCUUCUCCUCAUUCACUGUUGACCUCCCAGAACAGCUCCAAGAUGGAAAACAUGAAAAGUUGCAGUACACACUUGUUGACUGUCCUGGCCAUGCCUCCCUCAUCAGGACAAUCAUUGGAGGUGCACAGAUCAUUGACUUGAUGAUGUUGGUCGUUGAUGUCACUAAAGGAAUGCAGACCCAGACUGCCGAGUGUCUUGUCAUCGGAGAGAUCACUUGCGAUAAAAUGAUCGUCGUCCUCAACAAAGUUGACAUGCUCCCCGAGGCAAAGAGAGCAGCUGCCAUUGAAAAGAUGUCCAAGAGGUUAUUGAAGACAUUGGAAACAACCAGAUUUGUUAACUCGCCUAUUGUGUCAGUUGCUGCAAGGCCAGGUGGACCAGAGGGUCAAGGAACAGAGGUUAUUGAUGUUGACAAGUUGAUAGAGGCCCUCAAACAGAACACAUACAAACCAAAUCGUAGUCCACAGGGAACCUUUAUCUAUGCUGUGGAUCACUGUUUCUCAAUCAAAGGGGUUGGAACUGUCAUGACAGGGACCGUCCACCAUGGCAGUGUGUCUGUCGGAGAUACAGUUGAGAUUCCCUCCAUGAAGAUUUCUAAGAAAGUGAAGUCCAUCCAAAUGUUCAAGCAGCCGGUUGAAAAGGCAAUUCAGGGUGACCGCGUUGGAAUCUGCGUCACUCAAUUCGAUCCUAAGCUUCUGGAGAGGGGACUAGUCUGCAGCCCUGGUGCCCUUCCCACAAUCUCCGCUGCCAUAAUUUCAGUCAAGAAGAUACCGUAUUUCAAGGGUAACGUCAUGACGAAGGCAAAGUUUCAUAUCACGAUGGGACAUGACACGGCCAUGGGGCGGGUGUCAUUUUUUGGUUGUGAAGAGGAAACCCCUGAAACUGCUUCAAUGGAUUAUUCCAGAGAAUAUAAAUACCAAGAUGAAUUUAUAAUGACCGAUAAAAAAGAUGGUGCUACUGAAGACAAUUAUUUCCCAAAACGUCAAUAUGCGUUGAUUGAGUUGGAACGACCUUUGACCUGUGCUCCAAACUGUUUGGUGAUUGGUUCGAGGCUUGAUACUGAUAUUCAUGCAAAUGUAUGCCGAAUUGCAUUCCAUGGCCAAAUGUUGGAAGCGAUCACGGACAUUAAAUAUCGCGAGACAGUUUUGCCAAAGUUGAAGGUUUUCAAGAAUAAAAGUCGCGAGGGCUUGGUCGAGAGGGUGACGGAUGAAUACACGAUUAUCGGAAAGGCGUUGUUUAAGAAGGAGACAAAUCUCAAUGCAUUUGUUGGCCUCAAGGUGUCGCUGUCCAGUGGGGAGCAGGGCGUGAUUGAAGGAGGAUUUGGUCAGAGUGGAAAGUUCAAAGUCAGAGUGCCAAAUGGUCUUCAACCGACCACUGUCCAGAGAUACGCAGGAAAGAAGAAGGGCAAGAAAGGGAAAGACACAGGAGCAGAAGAGGAACCACCUGCGGCAGAGGGACAGGAAGCAAUCAAAAUAUUCCUUAAUUUUAAACGCUUCAUCUACGAUCCAAAGAAACAGAUGUUCCAGACAUGACAAGGAUGAAGACUCGUGUACCAUAGACGUUGUGUUUCUGUCAAGUCAAUGGUUGAUCACUCUUGGUACGUUGGUUGCAAGGCACAGAUGAUGUCAAUUGUUGUUUUGUAUGCAAAGGGCAUAUCUGUGAUUCAUGAAAGAUUAAAGUAUUAUAUUGUGGAAUAAAAUUUUAGUUCAAG